AGCGCACCCGUUCAUUCGAGUGCCAGCGCGUGCAGUGAUUAGCAGUGAGUUUGCCAUCAGUUUCUCGGAAUCGUCAGCGUAAUCAAAUUGGAAAUGUAUCAUCGCACAAAUCAAACAGUUGACCCUGGCCUUGAUACGAUAGAGUGCUUUAUUUGCGGCGCUGAUACUCCUGCGAUGUCGGGUAUCGUUUUGCAGAACUGUGGCCACUCGUUUUGCAUUGAACAUCUCAAGUACACUAUGCAGUACGGGGAAGUACCCGACGUGGACCGGUGUCCGUAUCCGUACGGGAAGUACAUUUGCAGGAAGCGGCUGGACCCGGCUGAAGUGCAGUUUGUACUGCAGUAUGGUUUGGGAACGCAGGACGUUGAAGAUCAACCAAGGAUGAAUGCAGAAGUGCCAAGUAUGACGACAGAUUUCGAUCAAUUACGUGUUGCGUCGAGAUCUGCAAAGUUUCCUGAAUUUGGCGAAAGUAGUCGUCAAGUGAGCCCGACGAAAUCACCAUCAUUGAAAGACGAUGCUCAGACUGAUCUCAUUCGGAACUUAAGGCCGGCCAAGUGUCUUCUAUGUGGAGACGACUUGAAAGUGUACAAAGGAUUAGUUUUGACAAGAUGCUUCCACAGUUUUUGCAAAGAUUGUUUGAGGGAAUGGAUAAAAGCUGGACUCGAGUUUGAGGUCCGAGUUGUCUGUCCCGUUUGGAUGGGUGAUGGUAGUCACUGUCGGACAGUGCUAGGGAAGAAAGUAAUCAAACAUUUACUAUCACGGGAGGAUUACGAGCUAUACAAAAUGAAAAGUUUGGAAAAGUCCGAAAAGAACGACUUCAAUCGAAAUCAGACCGAAUCGAAGGUUGAUUCCAUUGAGUGUCCAUGCUGUUCCAGCGUUAUUUGUAUAGCCUGCAAGGCAAUUCAUCCCGGACUAAACUGCACCGAUUACCAAGCUCAGUUGAAGAAGGCAGCCGAUGAGAAGUCUUCAGCAGAUGCCAUCCAGGCCCUGCUGGAAACAGGGGAAGCAAUGCUCUGUCCAAACUGUCAAGUUAUGCUCAUGAAGGUAGACGGGUGUGAUUAUGUUCAGUGUACGAUUUGUAAGUUUGAAAUUUGCUGGCGUACUCGAGGUCCUCGAUGGGGCCCGGAUGGAUCGGGUGACAUCAGCGGCGGAUGCCGUUGCAAAGUGGAUGGCGCGAAAUGUCACCCCAAAUGUAAGGGCUGUCAUUGAAAGAAAUUUUCCUCUCUCUUAAAUUUUAUGAUAAAACAAGAAUUAUGAAAUGA